AUGAAUAAUUCCACAGCUUCUGGGGACUCUUCUUCCGGUAAUCAAACCGCCCUUCCAAAAUUAACUGCCAAGAAAAAGCGAAAUCUCCCCGGAAUGCCAGAUCCUGAUGCGGAGGUGAUUGCUUUAUCACCAAAGACUUUGUUGGCUACGAAUCGGUUUGUGUGUGAAAUUUGCAAUAAAGGGUUUCAAAGAGAUCAGAAUUUGCAGCUUCACAGGAGGGGUCAUAAUUUGCCUUGGAAGCUUAGACAGAGAUCAAGUCAAGAAGUCAAGAAAAGAGUCUACGUGUGCCCCGAACCUGGCUGCAUUCACCACAAUCCUUCACGGGCACUGGGCGAUUUGACCGGGAUCAAGAAGCAUUUCUGCAGAAAACAUGGUGAAAAGAAGUGGAAAUGUGAGAAGUGCUCGAAAAACUAUGCAGUUCAAUCUGAUUGGAAGGCACACUCGAAGAUAUGUGGAUCAAGAGAGUAUAAAUGUGAUUGUGGGACUUUGUUUUUGAGGAGGGAUAGUUUCGUUACACACAUGGCUUUUUGUGAUGCAUUAGCAGGGAAGAGUGCAAAAAAGAAUUCAGCACUGGCACCUCCUAGUGCUGACGAGGAUCCAAAAAUUCAAACUGUUAUGCCAUCUCCACCACCCCAAGAAGUGGCAUCACCACCAACACCAACACCAACACCGUUACCGCCACCGGCUUCAUCACCAACACCUCCACGUUCCACUGCUGUGGUGUCCCCUGUUCUUCCUCUUCAGAAUCUAGAAUUGCCUGAAAGUGCUAGUUACAAUUCAACUACUACCCAAAUUUUGGAGGAGACAUCCACAGUAUCCGACUCGCCUGCAAAUUAUAGCAGCAACAGUCUUUCCAGCAGUAUCGGUAGUACAAACUGUAAUGUUUUUGCCAGCUUAUUUGCUUCAUCAACUUCUUCUGGAAAUUUGCAAUCUCGAGCAACCAGAUUUCCCGGUUUAUUCGAAACCAUGGCUCGUCCUAAGCAGACGUCUGAUAUUGCACUCUGUACAUCUUCUGAACCUAUAUCUCUCCGUCUUGCAAUGAACCAAGGGUCUGCAAUUUUUAAAACAGCAGAACAAGAGUGCAGGCAGUACACUCGAACACCGCAGCCUGCAAUGUCUGCCACGGCAUUGCUUCAAAAGGCUGCUCAGGUGGGGGUAGCUGCAUCAAAUGCAUCAGUUAUGAGGGGGCUUGGACUAGUAUCUUCUUUGUCACCUUCAAGCGAGCCCCAGAGAUGGGGCAGGCAAGAAAUUGAGUCCGAGGGAGCAUCAUUAGCAUCUGGUCUUGGUCUUGGACUUGGACUUGGACUGGCCUGUGAUGGGGGGUCUGCUUUGACAGAAUUGAUGUUGGGUACUCCAUCAGUUUUUGGUCCCAAGCACGCCACUCUCGACCUUCUUGGAUUAGGGAUGGCUGCCAGCGGUGGCCAGACUGGUGGGCUCUCUGCUAUAAUGAAAUCCAUCAACGAUGGCCUCGACGUUGCUGCAGCAGCAGCAGCAUUUGGUGGUGGAGAAUUUUCUGGCAAAGACAUGGGGAGAAGCUCCUGA